AUCUGGAGCGAGACGGCAGAGUGGCGAGAGUUGGUGCGGAGGAAGAGGCAGCGAAUGCGGGAAGUGGCAAGAGCUGAGUUGGGGGGCGUGUAAGAGCGAGCGUGGUGGAUAAACCCACCAAAACAGUAGCAUAAACACGGCGUGAAUGAUAGAGUCAAGCUGGCGGACUUCAACAUGGCAUCCGGCGAUACGCUGUACAUCGCGACAGACGGCUCGGAGAUGCCGGCCGAGAUCGUGGAGCUUCACGAGAUAGAGGUGGAGACCAUACCGGUGGAGACCAUCGAAACCACAGUAGUCGGCGGCGACGAUGAUGAGGAUGACGACGAUGAGCAGCCCAUGAUCGCUCUCCAGCCGCUGGACGACCACAGCUCUAUCCACCACCAUCACCAUCAUCACCACCACCAUCCGGAGGUGAUCCUGGUCCAGACCCGGGAGGAGGUGGUCGGCGGGGAUGACUGCGACCUGCACACAGAUGAUGGGCGAUUUGAGGACCAGAUCCUAAUUCCGGUGCCGGCCCCCGGAGUGGAGGAUGAGUACAUCGAGCAGACUUUGGUGGCUGUAGCUGGAAAGAGCUCCGCGGGUCGGGUGAAACGAGGAGGCGGCGGGAAGAAAGCAGGCAAAAAGAGCUAUUUGAGCGGCUCGGACACCGGAGCGAGAAAAUGGGAACAGAAGCAGGUGCAGAUAAAGACACUGGAGGGGGAAUUCUCGGUGACGAUGUGGGCGUCGGAUGAAAAUAAAGACAUCGACCACGAGUCAGUGGUGGAAGAGCAAAUUGUCGAGAACUCACCCCCGGAUUACUCCGAGUACAUGACAGGGAAAAAGCUGCCACCCGGCGGCAUCCCAGGCAUCGACCUCUCUGAUCCCAAGCAACUGGCCGAGUUUGCCAGAAUGAAACCCAGGAAAGUCAAAGAAGACGAUGCUCCACGAACAAUAGCUUGUCCUCACAAAGGCUGCACAAAGAUGUUCAGGGACAACUCGGCCAUGAGGAAGCAUCUCCACACCCAUGGGCCCCGCGUGCACGUCUGUGCUGAGUGUGGAAAGGCCUUCGUGGAGAGCUCCAAGCUCAAACGCCACCAGCUUGUCCACACGGGGGAGAAACCCUUCCAGUGCACCUUUGAAGGCUGCGGCAAGCGCUUCUCCCUGGACUUCAACCUGCGCACGCACGUCCGGAUCCACACGGGCGACCGACCGUACGUGUGCCCCUUCGACGGCUGCAAUAAAAAAUUUGCCCAGUCGACCAACCUCAAGUCUCACAUCCUCACACACGCCAAAGCCAAGAAUAACCAAUGAGGGGAAGGGGGGUCCGCCCACAGGGACGUGUCCUCACGGAAAUACUUUUUAGAGAAAGAAAAGACACGGAGCUCGUUCUCCUGCAUCCUGUCGCUUUGGCUGUCAUUUGGAAUCAGGAACACAGGGAUGAUUACAACCCCUCCCACAAAGGGCUUGACGCUGUCCCUCCGGGCCCCCCAGAUUGCUCAAGACGGAGCCUAGGGACAAAAACAUCAGAGACUUAUUUUUACCAGAGCGAGGCGCGUAUAUCCUGUUUGAUGUUUUCAUUUAGUCACACGGCUUUUCUUUGCCUUUCAGGUGUGCAUAUUGUACGCCUUCCCUUCACCCCCAACUGUAAUGUUUGCAUCCGCACUCUAAUCCAUGCUAACCACACAAUAACCUCCUGUACUUGUAAUAUGGCUGUGUUGGACUUAGUAGACCGUUAGAGCGGUGGGAUUUUGAUUUUGUAAAUGUUAACCAGUUAAUCUUUUAGUCGCAGCGAGGUAAGCAUCACUUCCUUUUUUGUUAAAAUGUCAUGUACAGACAAUAAAUCAAUAACCUCU